AUCCCUGCUCAUGGAAGGUGACAUCUUUGCCGCUCUUACUACGUGCCCACUUUACCAAGAGGGCAGUAGAGGCACAGAAUGGGGACGGCCCUUCUCACGGAGACUCAUGGAGCCGGGGCUGCUGCCCCCGUGCAGGCCUUGCUAACCGGCUGCCCUGUCCAGCUGUCAGGCCUGGCCCUGUUUGCUGAAACGGUAUGGGUGACCGCCGACCAGUACCGCGUGUACCCACUGAUGGGCGUCUCGGGCAAGGAUGAUGUCUUCGCCGGUGCCUGGAUCGCCAUCUUCUGCGGCUUCUCCUUCUUCGUGGUGGCCAGCUUUGGUGUGGGCGCAGCGCUCUGCCGCCACCGGUCCAUGCUGCUCACGUACCUGGUGCUCAUGCUCACCACCUACAGCUUUGAGUGCGCCUCCUGCAUCACGUCCUACACCCACCGAGACUACAUGGUGUCCAGCCCAUCCCUGAUCACCAAGCAGAUGCUGACCUUCUACGGUGCAGACUCGGACCAGGGCCGGGAACUCACCCGCCUCUGGGAUCGCAUCAUGAUUGAGCAAGAGUGCUGUGGCACGUCAGGUCCCAUGGACUGGGUGAACUUCACAUCAGCCUUCCGGGCCACCACCCCAGAGGUGGUGUUCCCCUGGCCCCCGCUGUGCUGUCGGCGGACUGGCAACUUCAUCCCCCUCAAUGAAGAAGGCUGCCGCCUGGGCCACUUGGACUACCUGUUCACCAAGGGCUGCUUCGAACACAUUGGCCACGCCAUCGACAGCUACACGUGGGGCAUCUCGUGGUUUGGGUUUGCCAUCCUGAUGUGGACGGUGAGAGGCGGGAGCCUAUGGGCUGGGUGGGAUGCGGCUGUGAGGCUGGGGCGCCCCUCACCUGACUCCUCCUCUCCAGCUUCCUGUGAUGCUCAUGGCCAUGCAUUUCUACACCACGUUGUGAGGAACAAGGGAAGUCCACGUGCACACUCAGCUCCUCCUCCUCCAGCUGAGAUGGACGCCUCACCUCUCCCUUUCCCACCUCCUCCACCCUUCCCCCCCUCCCCUCCAGAGAUGUUUUACCAGGUUUCUGAGCCCUGCUGGGAGUUGGGGUGCCCUGAAACCCCUGGACAUGUGUGCACGGACCCUUAGACCUUAACCCCAUCUCACUUGGCUGAUUCCUGGCCCAUCUUUCAGUGUCAACCUAAAGUCCUGUCCUGGGAGCGGGGGUGGGACCCUUCCCUGAUCUUACCACCCCACUCGCGGAUGCCUCUCUUGUAGCUCCCUGAGCUCCUCCUCCAUGCUGGAUGUCGUCAUCAUCGCUGAAUAGUUUGUGACUGUCUAUUUAAGCUCUGGUAGACUGGGACUGCCAUGAGGGGAGGGACAAAUUCUGUUAUGGUUACUUUAAUAUCCCCAGUA